CUACAGGAAGUCAGACCGGAGGUUCGUUCGUAACAAUUAUUCCGACUUUGGCUCGCGACGAUGUUCGAAGGUUCUAACCAGUGUCGUUAUGAAGAACAGAACUUUAGCAAUGGUCAGCCGGAACCGGCCGAAGAACCGGAAAACGGAACCGUUGGGCUUCUUGAGGUGUCCAGGACACUGUAUGGAGUUGAAGAGAGUUCGACGGACAACAGGGCACUCGACAAUUGUGGAUCGAAUCUAAUGACUCCACAAAUAAAAUGCGAAGAUGCCAAAUGGUCAUCUGGGUUGUGUUCUGAGAAAGAAUCUUUGAAUCAUCCGCCUUUGGUGUCCCACGAAAUUCGAGAGAAUUCUUUUGAAGAUACAAGGGGUGCAACCACUGAUUAUAGAGAUCUUGAUUCAGAUCCAAGACUACCCGAAGAACACGUUAGUCAAAGCUUCAAGUGCACAGAGUACCCGGAAGGGAGAUCUAUAUACAGUUCAGUUUUUACCCUGAGGGAUCCUUACUUGAGUUAUCCCAGUCAACUAUUGCAAUACCCGAGCGAUUUCGCAGGACAAGGCGAAUCUUUCAGUAAUUUUUCAUCCUCGAAAUUCAGUGGAGGACAGACUCAUUCUGAAAUCUAUCGUCCGGUGGUCACGGCCUUAAGAUCAUCCGAAAAUGGUUUCGGUGUAGUGUAUCCGGAAUCGAGAGCACAAGCCUUUGAGAGUUCCUAUAAAACGGCAUGGAGCGCUCCUCCUUCUGCUCAGACACAAGAUCCUUAUCAAAUGUUUGGUCCAACUAGUACAAGACUCGCUAAUUCAGGAAGCGGACAAAUUCAGUUGUGGCAAUUUCUGCUCGAACUACUGUCGGACAGCAGUAACGCCUCCUGUAUCACAUGGGAAGGCACCAAUGGAGAGUUUAAACUAACAGACCCAGACGAAGUCGCCAGAAGGUGGGGACAGCGCAAGAGCAAGCCCAACAUGAAUUACGACAAACUAAGCCGAGCCCUGAGGUAUUACUACGACAAGAACAUCAUGACCAAAGUCCACGGAAAGCGGUAUGCUUACAAAUUCGAUUUCCACGGACUGACUCAGCAAACAUCACAGCCAUCUCUAUCGGACCCUUCUACAGCCUACAAGUACCAAACUGAUUUACUGUUUCCCAACUAUACGCAUGGUCACAAACUGAAUUUUGGUGUCAACCCUCAUCAUGGUCCUGUUGCCCCACCGAGCAAUUUAUUCCAGACUCCCACAAGUUACUGGAGUAGCCCUAACAGCAGUAUUUAUACAAGUAUUCCAACGACACAUGCUUUACCUCAUCAUCACUCAGGUUCUGUACCUAGUCAUUAUUCUCAUUAUGCAUAACUGAUGGGAGAGGGAGACGAUUUAGAAAAAUGCGAAGCACUGCAGACUUGUCAAUUAUUUGAAUGGAAUCAGUCCUAUAAUAAUAAAGGGAACUGUUUACAGGCUGCAACUUCGAGUGUGAAAUUUGAAAGGUUGGACAUGCACCGUUUCUUUGUAAGAUAUUGAAUUUUAUUUAGUUUAGACAGAAAAACGGAGUAUAUUUCCAUUCUAAUUAUUCAUCGAGUUAUCCAUAUGCCAAUCAAAUAACAGCCAAAUUAAUUUUCAGUGUAUUAUUUUAAUCUCUGUCAUUAAUGUGUUGUUUCAAAUUUUUGUGAGAAACACUCGCAAAAUGCUAAAUUAUAUUAAAAGCACACAAGUUCGAUUUUGCAUAUUCAUAGCGCAUAUACAAAUAACACAUACAUAUCAUGAUAAGGUAUAUAAUUUAAUUUUUGAAUGACCUUUGAAAAUCAUUAUUGUUGUAGUUAUAGUUUCUAGUCAAUAUUUGGAGUAAAUUGCUUCAAAUAGUUAUUUUAAAUAAAACUUAAACAUUUAAGGUAAUAAAAUAAAGAAAGACGACGAAUUACAAAUAAUACUAAAUGUUUAUUUCAAAUAAAAAAAAACUUUAACACCUUUGAAAUGAACAUAAAUUAAUGCUAUGAUGGAAUCAAUUUAUAUAAGGCUGCAAUCAAAAGCAAAUAUAACUAUUCAGGUAAUCCAAAUGCCGGUUGCGCUGAGACACUAUUUUCUUUUUAUCUCCCAAGAUGCACAUGGAUUUCGGCUUGUCAAAUUAUCAAUCUAAUUUUAAAUAUCAUUGUUUUUAGUAGCAUCAAAAAUCUGAUUUUUAAGUACUAUCUUUCUAUAAUGUUGCGUUGGUGACUUUAAUUCACUGGUAAUGUAUUAAUUUUGCUUUUCUGGCACAGAUUUCAAAAGUACGAAAUAGAAAAACAAUUCAUAGAAAAUACUUUUAAUGAAUUAAAAAUAAAGAGUAAGCUGAACAAAUGAUAUUUAAAUGAAAUGCUUAAAAUAUUAAUGUGACAGUAUUGAAAAUAUAGCCAGUGUUUAUUAAAUUUUAAUUUAAUUAAAUUUUGUAAAAGCACUCAUUUUUGGAUGAUAAAAAGAUAAUUUGAUUUUGCAAAAUAAAUUAGAUGUCUCUGAUUUAUUAGAAAAUUAAUGACACAGGCAAUUGUAAAGUUCUUUCAAAAUAUUUUUAUAAACUAAAAAGUGACUAUAAAGUGAUAAUUACUAUGACUGCUUAGUUACUGCAUACUUUUAAAUCAUUUUCUUUUUUUUUAUGAAUUCAUUUUGUAAAAAAAGACGGAAAAGUGCAAAUUAUUUAUUGAUUGUGGUUUUAUCCUAAUGAAAAAAAAAUUUUUUUUUUCUUUGCUAAAGUAAAUUAGUGUAAAAAUAUUAGAAUUUUCAUUAUAGACUAAACUUAACAUGAACUUUGCAAAAAUCUUCAUUUUCAAUAUUAAAAAUUUCUUGAUGUUUCAAGUCAAUUAA